CGUCCCGGGGCAUCAGCGCAUGUGCAGUCGUUCCCUUUCGGUCAGUGUGUGCUGCUGAGUUGUUCGUUUGGAAAUUGUCGGCUGGAAGCUUUCCCUCCCAGCUCUUCAGAGAUAAAAUGGAAAUUCCACCAACUUAUGCAGAUCUUGGUAAAGCAGCCAGAGAUGUUUUUACCAAAGGCUAUGGAUUUGGUUUAAUAAAACUUGACUUGAAAACCAAGUCGGAAAAUGGACUGGAAUUCACAAGCUCUGGUGCUGCCAACAUGGAUACUGGAAAAGUUACUGGCAGUCUGGAAACAAGGUUUAAGUGGGCAGAUUAUGGAUUGACAUUCACUGAAAAAUGGAACACUGAUAAUACUUUGGGAACUGAAAUUACCAUUGAAGAUCAGCUCAUGCAAGGUUUGAAGAUUGGAUUUGACUCCUCAUUUUCUCCAAAUACUGGAAAGAAAAGUGGAAAAAUCAAGACUGGUUACAAGAGGGAACACAUCAACCUGGGACUUGAUGUUGACUUUGACAUUGCUGGGCCUGCUAUACGUGGAGCUUUUGUGUUUGGUUUUGAUGGCUGGUUAGCUGGAUAUCAGAUGACCUAUGAAACUGCAAAAUCUCGGAUCUCACAGAGUAACUUCGCUGUUGGUUAUAGGACAGAAGAAUUCCAGCUCCACACAAAUGUGAAUGAUGGCACAGAAUUUGGAGGCUCUAUUUAUCAAAAAGUCAGUGAAAAUCUUGAAACUGGAAUCAGUCUAGCUUGGACAGCUGGGAAUAGCAACACUCGAUUUGGUAUUGCAGCAAAAUACAUGAUUGAUAAAGAUGCAACGUGCUCGAUUAAAGUGAACAAUUCAAGUCUCAUUGGACUUGGAUACUCUCAAACGCUGAAACCAGGCAUUAAGUUAACCCUUUCAGCUCUGCUGGAUGGCAAGAAUAUUAAUGCUGGUGGACAUAAACUUGGUCUUGGAUUUGAAUUUGAAGCAUAAUCCCGGAAAUGGGGGAGAAACCUACAAUCAGUACAUCCCAAAUAUUUUCCACUGUAGUGACCCGAAGAAUCUGCUGUUCACUUUUUUUUUGUUGAUCCAGGUGUCCAAUGUUGUAAAAUCAAAUUGUAUUCUCCAGAUGUGGUUUGAAGAACAGAAUGCGUUAUCAAAACAUCAUUAUGACUAUUUAUUGUAUCCCUUAGACACUUGAAAUUCAUCUGUACAUGUCUCUUUUAUCUCCCGGUGAAGACUGGUUGUAUGUGGCGCAAAAACAAAUUACACACUUUAUUGCCUUUGAUUGAAAUUGUGGUUCCCUAGUCCAUGCACUAGCGGUAAAGUUGAUGCAGCAAAGCCUUGUGGAGAGAUUUGUAUGUUUCCACCUGGUAUUUGUGAUGUUUGGGCUUAAUGAAAAGUUUAAAAAACACAAACACAAAAGAAAUUUAGUGUACAGUCUUUUUGAAAAAUUGCCUGUUGUGCGGCUCUUUGCUUGAAAUAAACAUUGUCUUCCAUGUUCUGAGCUUAAAGAAAAUUAUGUAAUCUAAUUUGACCAGUUUUAUCAGCCCUGAAUAGAGAGACGUUUGACAUUACUUUCUGGUCAUUUUGCUGAAGUCUACAAAAAAAGCACUACAACAGUGAUUUUCAGUAUGCAAAAAAAAAUGGUGGAGGACCCAUUUACAUGUAUCAGCUAUGUUAAUUUAGCUUGAAUAUACCAUUUAAUUUUCUAGAUUUCUUAAACACUGUGGCUCAAAUCCACCAGUCCCGCAGAAAUGGACUGGACAGCAGUGCCCUCCAUCACUAUCUACCCAACGUACACCGUACCAGAGCAAAGUCAAUAUGCCAGUAUGGGUGCUGUAUUGGGCACUUACCAAGAUGAAGUAGCAAAUGCAACACAGAAGUCAGUAAUUGUGGCCAGAGAUACUGCCCCAUCAAUUUUUUGCUGUGCUAAUCAGCUUUUACAAGGGCCUAUAUUGAUCAUACUCCUGGCUUGAGAGUGGGAUUUCCAACUAAUCAACGGACCUGUGUCAAGAUAUUUAGAGACCAAGACCGAGGGAAUUUCUGUUUGCAAUCCCAAAUAAGGGUCAUGUUGGAAGUUCUAUCUGCUAACAGUUGUUAUAAAUUUGAUGCAAAUUCUACUGUAUAAAACUUGCAUCAUAGGAUUAUUAUUAGAAACAUUUUGGUACAUAGAAUUAACCAAUAGUAAUGUAUUUCCUUGCUCCAAGAAAAACCGCACUUCAGUGCAUUCUGGUGUUAUCCUGAGAUUAAUUUAUCUGUUCGGAGUUAAAUACUUACAAAAGUGUAAUCUGUAUGCAAGUAUUUUUUAUUGACAUGACAAUGUGAAAAGUAGUUAUGAAUUCACAUUCAGGUGCAUCUAUGUUGCAUUUUAGCAGAAGCAAUUCUUUUAAUUGGUACUUUUAAAACAAAACCUUUCUUCUUUUGCCCAUGUCUCUCUCGCAACAUGUGUUGAUUGCUCCAUUUGAUUACAUCUGUGCCCCAUCACAAGGCGUAAAAUUGUAUCAUUUACUGAAUUUUAUUGGGCCAUCUCUCUGUACUUGAGUAUUGAUUAUCUUUGGAUUCAUUACCCUGUUUCUGAAAGAAAGUGUUAGAUAUUCAAAAAUUUUUGCAGUGGCUGACCUAAAUAAUUUUAAAAAAACCACUCAAUUUGCGAGUUAAGAAUGUAUAGUUCUCAAAGGGUUUUCUUUAAAAUGGGCAACUUCAAUUCAAAGCUUGCUUUGGUAUGUUAACUUGAUUCCUUUUGCAGCACUGUUUGUAUAAACAAAAAUUCAAUUUUCAUAGUAAAACCAUUUAAAAAUGCAUGCAGUCUUUGAAUCAAAACCAUUUUGAGGUACUGCACCAUUCCCAUUGUAGUGCUUAAUGUUGAGGGUAAGAAUAAUUGAUUCUUGCCUAAAGUCUUAUACUUUUCCAUUUUCUUCUGGUAGAAUUGUGAUUUUUUUUUCAGGCUUUGAAUUUCUGCUGUGCUUUAAAACCAAAGGGAUAAUACAAUUGAAGUAAAGUUAAAAUUGUUUAGCAGGUACUUAGAAGUACAAAUACUGUGGUACUGAAAAUCCUUUCUUCCCAUCAAGUAGAAACAUUCUUCCCAAGGUACCUGGUGAUUUAAAUAUUUCAGUUCAUCUGCAGGUUAACUAACUGAUUUUUUUUUCCAAUAUGUAAAUUAUAGACCUUUAAACUAUAUUCAUGAAUGAUCUAUUGGUGAUUUUUCCCCAUUCAAGUGUUGAUAAUUCCAAAUAAUGUAAGAAGAGCAUCUGCACGAAAUCGGAAGUAAAAUAGAAAAUGCUACAAAAUCUUAAGUAGCACUGUAGAAAGAACAGUCAUGUUUGUUUGAGCUACGUGAGCAUUUAUCAGAACCGGUUCAUGUGCUGCCUGAGCUAUUAAGUAUUUUCAGCAUUUUCUGCUUUUAUUCAAAUUAAAGUUAGCAUUGCAGUUAAAGCAACAUGGAUUUAUAAAUAUAGAACUUGAUAAAUCAGAAAGAGACUCCCUUUUUGAACAUUUUGGGUAGCUUACAGAAAAUUAUGAAAUUAACAUAUUUACAGUUAGGCCACAUUAGUCCAGGGCCUGAGCAAAUUAAAGUAAAUAGUUUCCCAAAAGAUGACUUGCUUAACUUUUCCUCAAUUCCUUAGACACUAUUCAGAUUCAGCAAUUUGUAUUUUUCCUGUUGCUUUACUCCAUGAUUGGUGCAUGGUGUAUGUGCCACCCCUUCACAAAACUGCAUUUUCAGUCUGUUGCCCACAGUUUUGAAUAGAUGUUUCUUAACAUGUAUUUCCGAAUUAAACCCAAAGUUUACUCUCAAAA